AUGACAAUUGGAGUGGACGAGCACCAAUAUCAGGACAGGGAACUGAUUUAUCAAUCUGACGGAAGGACUCAAUACUUCUUUGACAACUAUUCCAUUGCAAUUGUGAGGGUUGGCGACAAAUGGUCUUUGAAGGUAACUCUCGUGCAAGAUUUUUUGAAAACAAGAAUUAUUUUCUUUUUCAGGCGCUCAGUGUGGAAGCAUUCAUCGGUAUCGCUAGUGUCGUUGUCGUGAUUCCAAUAAUCACUUUCAAAUCGUUCACAACCCUCAACAGAAUCCACAACAUGAUCUCUAAAACGACUCUUCUCCAACUGAAAAGCGCCCUCGCGAUCAGUCUCUGGUAUCUUCUCCAAUUCGGUAUAUUGGUUGGAAUUCCGGCUGCCACGGCGAUGGCUUUGCUGCUAACUCAUUAUGCACCUUCUCACAGGUAAUUUGGUUUGUAAAUGAGACAGAAAAUAAUAGAUUCCCUUUCACAAAUCAAAAAGCAGAGGGGACUUUGAAAACACAGAACUUUCAGAUUCCCUAUCGCGUUAGUUGUCCUGGCACCAACCCAACUCACCUGUCCGGUCAUCUGUGGUCUGUACCUAUCUCUGAUUAAGCCUCUCCGUAAUGGUCUUCUGAGACUCAUAGGUCUUCAGAGGUACGCGCCAAAAGCCGUCUCGCAGUUAUCGACCCAGUCACGUACGCUCUAG